AUGGGGCAUCUCUACUCCUCACUAGCCAUAGCACUUCUGGUGAUGAGCCUGGUGCAGGGCUGUGGUAAGCAGUUGGUCUCAGGGCGCAUCUUCAAUGGUCAAGAUGCCAAGGCUGGGGCCUGGCCCUGGCAGGUCAGCGUGCGGCAAAAUGGCUUCCACAUCUGCGGCGGUUCACUCAUCUCCGAGAGCUGGGUGGUGUCAGCCGCUCAUUGCUUCGAUCCGUCUGUAGCCAUUUCAGCAUAUCGGGUGCAGCUGGGUGAAAAACAGAUUGGCAGUGAGAUCCCACCCAAGUCAUUCUCAUCGGUGAAGCGGGUGGUCCCCCAUCCCAACUACAACAGUAGCACUUUCCUUGCCGACAUCGCCCUGGUGGAGCUGGAGAAUCCGAUUGCGUUCACGGCCACCAUCAACCCCGUGUGUCUGCUUGACGCCUCCGUCCGUGUGCCUGCUGGAGACACCUGCUGGGUGACUGUGAAUUCUCACCUAGCGGAGACACUGCAGGAGCUGGAGGUUCUCACCAUAGACUCCACAGACUGCAACAAUCACUACCGGAAAGAAUUAGAAAAGCCUGCCGGUGAGAACCCCAUCAAAGAGGACAUGUUGUGUGCUGGGCCCAUGGGCGGCAAUAAAGGCUUUGCUCAGGGUGACUCCGGGGGACCCCUGGUGUGUGAAGAGGAUGGGACCUGGUACCUUGCUGGGACUGUGAGCUGGUUCCUGAACAAAACAAAGAAUGGGGUAUCCUAUGUUGACCCCAAUUCCCCUGGGGUCUACAACCGCCCGAAUGCCCACAAUGAUUGGAUCCGGAAGAAUGUGCCUGGUGUGACUUUCAAAGUGGUGAAAUUCACUCUGAACAGUGCCAGUCCCACUACCACCAUCACUGGGUAUGGUGCUGGUCCCUCUGCUACAAUCCCCAGGGUCCUUCUCCUCACUGUGCUUUUGCGGCUGACUCUCUGA